AUGAAGUUACUCCCAUGCUUGAACAGCGUCACAGAAGUUACAAACUUUUGAAGAGUACUGGUUCUUCUCUACAAAUGGACUCGGCUGAAUUCCCUGGACUGUCUGUUGUGACUGUGCUCUCCCUGUUAGCAUGCAUCCUGCAGAUGUUAUCUGCUGUACUUCUCACGUACAGAUAUGGAGGAAGUGCUUCUGGAAAGGACAAGUGGAUCCUGCUUUGGGUUUUUUAUGACGUGAUUGUCCACCUGACUCUGGAAGGUCCAUUUGUUUACAUGUGUCUUAAUGGAACAGUGGAGACGUCUGAAGGUCCGCUGGCUGAACUCUGGAAAGAAUAUGGUAAAGCAGAUAGCCGAUGGUUAGUUUCUGAUCCAACAAUCGUCUCCAUUGAGAUCCUCACCGUAGUUCUGGAUUCUUUACUUGGUAUCCUGCUUAUCCACGCCAUACUGAAGGAGAAGUACUACAGACAUUUCUUGCAGAUUGCUCUGAGCGUCUGUGAGCUGUACGGCAGCUGGAUGACCUUCUGUCCUGACUGGCUGCUCGGCAGUCCUCAUCUUAACACAUCCCGCUGGCUCUACCUGUGGGUCUACCUGGUCUUCUUUAAUGGACUGUGGGUGCUGGUCCCUGUCCUCCUGCUGGUCCAGUCCUGGUUCUGUCUCAAGAGUCUUGUGCUCAGAGAUGACAGCUAUGAGGUGAUCAGGAAAAAGAUGUAGAUGUUUGUCUAAAUGAUGCUAUUCGGUCUUUAUCUGGAAAAGCUUUAAUUUUUGAAUUCCCAGAUUGAACAUUGAAUAAACGUUCACAUAUCAAAGUUCAAAGAUAACAAAAAGAGAUAAACCUCAGAAGGAACCAGAUGGCAAAAUCUGUCAGUACAUGUGAGGAUGUCAAAUAAUUCAGAAGAAUAAACUAAUUAAAAAAG